AUGUAAAAAAAAAAAAAUAUGUUUGCAAAAAAAACUAAUCAGCUCGUGGUGGCAUGCGUUCAAAUCACUCAACUUGGGAUCCACGCAGACCCAAUUUAUAUGAAGAACUUAAAGCGCCACCAGUACCAGCUCAUGGUAAUCAUUAUGGUCAUAGUCAUGUGGUUAAUGAAUGUGCUUAUAGACAUCCAGGCAUGGAAGAUGAAAUUUGCCCCUACGCCACUUUCCAUCUCUUGGGCUUCCGUGAAGAAAUGGAUCCUACUAAGGCAAUGAACUUCCAAACCUUCCCUCACCAAAAUGGACAUGCCCCACCCGGUCAUGCUGGCACCAUGGGACCACCCGGACAUCCUGGACACAUGCACUCACGCUCUGGUUCUCAAUCUAUGCCACGUGCCAAUCGUUAUGCUCGCAAGAAUAGCCAAGGUGGUCAAUCAUCGAUUUAUACUCCAGCUCCUGAAUAUGAUGAUCCUGCUAAUUGUGCUGAAGAAGAUCAAUAUCGCCGUUAUACUCGUGUUAACUCUCAAGGUGGUAGUUUGUACUCUGGUCCUGGUCCCGAAUAUGAUGAUCCUGCCAACUGUGCUCCCGAAGAAGAUCAAUAUGGUUCUCAAUAUGGCGGUCCCUAUGGCACACCUUAUGAUCAUUAUGGUUCUCGCGGCUCCAUGGGCAGACGUAGUGUUGGUUCCACUCGCAAUCCUGGCAAUGGCUCUCCCGAACCACCACCACCUCCACCACGUAAUCAUGACAUGAGCAAUUCUUCGUUCAAUGACUCCAAGGAAAGUAAUGAAAUUUCUGAAGCCGAAUGUGAUCGUGAUCAUGGACCACGUGGCAAUUAUGGCGCUGUUAAAAGAUCUCCUAUGCAUAAGGAUCAACGUACCACAGAGGAGAUGCGUAAAUUAAUCGAAAGGUAAAGUAAAUUAAA